AUGGUUGGAAAACACUGGACGGUGCCGGAGGAGGAGUUUUUCUGGAGCGAGGUUGUCCCUCAGGCGCCCCCAGGCAAUGACAAGGACAUAAAGCAGGCCAAGAGGCACCACGACAAAAAAGGCUGGGAGCCAUUGGCAGUCAUGAUGCGCGAGGGGAUGAUAGCCCGUCAGGGUGAGCCUCUUAAUCGCAGCUACACGAACAUCAGCUGCUACGAGCACUACUUCCAGAACUACGUUCAAGAGAAGUGGUCCAAGAACGCGCCACCCAGAAUCAGAGGAUACAUCGAGUACCUCAUCCAGCAGAGCGGUAAUCGCGUGUCUGAGAAGCAUCAGCGGAUGCUCAACAAUAUCGACGCCUACAUGGCUGAGGACCAACAGGACAACUCCACGCAGGCCUCUAGGUCUAGGGCUCGGGCUUCUGGAUCUGGAGCUCAGGCUCCUGCUUCUGAAUCUCGUGCUCCUGUACCCGGCGCUGUGGCUUCGGGGGCCCAGUCAGGAGUGGCAUCUGCUGCUCCUGGACUGGACCUAUUGGCCACAGUAGCCUUGUCGUUGUCGUCGUCGUCGUCGUCGUCGUCGUCCGCUGCUGCCGCCGCUGCAGCUGCCGCCCAACCAGAGGCCAGUGACAGGCAGAACGGUGGAGCAUCUGGGGAAGUUUCCGCUGAGGGUAUUGAUGGCGGCAACGUCGUCUUCCCACGGCAGGGCGCCGCCUUGGGGCUCCAAUACCAGGAUGUCUAUCAGCCUCAGCCGCCCGCCUACAACAACUUUGAGAUAGGCCAUCUGGCCGCCGACCUCCCUGCUGCUCAGCACCACAGCAACAACAACGUCGGCUAUGUCGACGGUGGCGGCCUCAUCGUCAAUGGCGACGACAACAACAACACUGGCCCCCAGCAGGAGGCCAAUGUCCAGGUGCCCGACAUCUAUGACGGCAGCGGCUGGGACGAGCUGCCCUCUCCUGCUGGUGUGUACCCUUACAACUGGGACCCCGACUUCUGGGCCGCCUUCAACGCGAACCAGGACUUCAACGAGGCCCAGCAUCCCUCCGUCUGGGGAUCCGAUAUGGGCAUCAACCCCGGCGUACUGCACGACAUGAGCGCGCAGCCUGUCUUCUCUGGUCUCCAGCAGUUCGGGUACGGUGGCCCUCUUGGCGCUUUUGGGUGUGACAACGCCAACGCCCAACAGCUGAACCUGGCUGGCUUCAAUGCCAACCAGCAGUACAACGUUGGCGGCGCCCUGCCUGGCCCAGCUGCUGGCGCCCUGCAGGAGGUCGACGAUAACCUUCUGUUGCAGCAAUUUAUUGCUGCGAAUUUCAGCACCCACGGCGACGGGAAGCAGGGAGCCCAGGGAGGAGCUCGUGGCCGCUCGCUCGCUGUCGAUCGGGUGCCUAAGAGAAGCGACCGCAGCCGCUCGCCAGCCGGCCGACCACCCAAGAGAGUCGCACGAGGCCGCCGCUCUCGUGUCGCCCAGGAGGAGCAGGGCUACGGUGGCCUGGACAAUAACAACAACAACAACAACAACAACAACAACAACAACGUCGUCAUCGACCGCAACGUCUUGAACAACGUUCCUCAUGUCCCUAGCCCUGCUCCUGCCUGGGCCCACGCAGCGCGUCCCGGCGUCAAUCUCGACAACGUCUUCCUGCCGCUGCCCGAGGAGCGCAGCACACCCCUCGAGCAGUGGUACCCUCGGCUGCCGUCCGCCGAGGACUUUGUGUCGCUCCCCUCCCACGGCGAUUUGGACUGGGAGGCACACCCCUUCCCCGACGACGACGAGGCCAUGGGGGUGUCUGGUCUGCCUCUUGAGCAGGCUCCCGGCCCACCGGGCAUGGCCGACCGUCGCGGCCAGAACGGCCGUCGAGACAACCACGGUUUCGGCGUCUGA